CAUUCUUCAUCGCUUCUGUAAAGUAAGAAAAAAACAGCAUGCAGCCUCAACUACCGCAACAAAAGCCUCUGUUCUUCUUCUUAUUGAGCUUCAUAAUCUGGUCAUGGUGGACUCUUAACGACGUCGUUUCGGACCCUCAGACGAAUCUAGUGCGACUAUGGUGUGACCCCCAAGACGGUGACAACGAUGGGUCCAUCAUGAAGGAGAUCCUGAACGAAACGUUUGGAGAUCUGAGAUCUCAGAUCCAAAACCAAAACAAACACUUCGCCAUAGCUCAAUCAGUGAAGGCUAACAUCCCCGUUUAUGGCCUUUUUCAGUGCAGAAACUACCUCUCCGUUGCCGAUUGCCUCGCUUGCUUUGACGUCGCCGCCGUAAACAUCCGCAACUGCUCCGCCAGGGCAUACGCUGCUCGUCUUGUCUACGACGGCUGCUUCCUCAGGUAUGAGAGCAGUCAAAGCUUCGACUGGGCCACCGAUAGUUGGAACAACAUAGUAUGUGGGAAUCAGACAAUAAAAGAUUCGCCUGCUCUUGCUUCAACUGUGCAACAAGUGCUAAGGAAUCUAGGCAUAGCAACCCCAAGAAUCCCUGGUUCCUAUGUGGCCACUAAGACGCCUGUCCCUGACAGUAAUGAUCUGAAUAUUUAUGGCUUGGCUCAAUGUGUUGACACUGUCCCUACAAAAUGGGUGCCGGACUUGUAUUAA